CGAGCGCGCAUGACUGCUUUCGACGAACUCAGAUUUUUUCUGAUGUCAUCCCCGAUGCUCCGAAUCGCUGACCCACCUCGACCGUUCGAAGUCUUGACGGAAGCUAGUGAUUUCGUUAUCGGUGCGAUACUGUUACAGGAUUUCGGCGACGGACUCCAACCAAUCGCAUAUGAGUCCAGAAAGUUGCAGGCAGCUAAGCGCAACUACCCCGUCCACGACAAAGAAAUGCUCGCCAUCGUGCACGCAUUUAAAGUGUGGCGCUGCUACUUGACAGGAGCCGACGUGACAGUACGGACAGACCAUAAAUCCCUACAGUACCUCCGCGCGCAGCCAAACCUCAAUCCACGAUAUAUUCGCUGGCUGGACUUCCUCGAGAGCAACUUCCACUACACCAUCACGUUCAAACGUGGGGCAAAUAACAUCGCCGACGCACUGACACGACCAUCCGCCCACCUCACCUCCAUCAUCCUUGCAAAAUCCAACCCACUGCUCACCGGACUAUUUACCCACGAAUACAGCACAGACCCCUUUUUCACCUGCAACCUCCACCAGCAAGUCACCACGACCAAAUGAAUCUAUUUCCUAAAAGCCGGUACUGA